GAAAAAAAGAAACGGAAAUAAGGAAAGAGAGAGAGAGAGAGAGAGAGAGAGAAAGGAGCAAAGCAAAAGUUGUAUGUAUGUAUGUAUGUACCCAUUAUCCAAACACCUUCCUCUCUCCCUAUCUUUCUCAAGUACAUUAUUAACCCUAAUCACUUCAUUUUCCAUACCUAUUUGACUGUUUGCUACGGGACUUUUUUUUUUUUAAUUGUUUUCUCGAUCAAUUAUUUGAUGGGCUAAUAUAAAAAUCAAAACUUUAUCCGAUCUGCAAUUUCUUUUUUCUUUUUUGAGAGGUGGGGUUUUGCAAAACCAAUUCCAAAAAUCUGGCAAAUCUUGGAGGAUUAAGACCGCGUAUGUGCUUGAAACAAUCAAUAUCGGAGUACGAAGACAACGAGGAAGAGUGUAGGCCUUGGCGCCGAAAACUAUCUUCAACGAUGGCUUCAAUGACCUGGGGCUCUGCUCUCAGGAUUACUCUCCUUUUUCUUCUUAUUGCUGCUGUUGUUGUCGCUUGCUUCACUCUCCCUGUUGAAAAGAUCUUGAAGGACUUCUUAUUAUGGGUUGAGCAAGAUCUUGGGCCUUGGGGGCCCCUUGUGCUGGCUGUUGCAUACAUUCCUCUAACGGUCUUGGCAGUUCCAGCAUCUGUGCUUACUCUUGGUGGUGGAUAUCUCUUUGGAUUGCCUGUCGGCUUUGUUGCUGAUUCAAUUGGUGCCACUGUUGGAGCAGGGGCUGCUUUUCUCCUUGGAAGAACGAUUGGUAGAUCUUUUGUAAUUUCCAAGUUGAAGGACUAUCCUCAGUUCAGAUCAGUUGCGAUUGCAAUCCAGAGAUCCGGCUUCAAGAUAGUUCUGUUGCUUCGACUUGUUCCCUUGCUUCCUUUUAACAUGUUGAAUUACCUGUUGUCCGUGACUCCUGUUCCGUUAGGAGAAUACAUGCUGGCUUCCUGGAUAGGAAUGAUGCCAAUAACUCUUGCACUAGUAUAUGUUGGAACAACUCUCAAAGAUCUUUCUGAUGUGACCCAUGGAUGGAGCAAGUUUUCAACUACUCGUUGGGUGUGUAUUGUUUUGGGCUUUGUUGUAUCUGUGGUUUUAAUGUUUUGUGUUACCAGAGUUGCCAAAUCUGCUUUGGCCAAGGCUUUGGCUGAGAAUGAGGAUAUAGAUACCAUUUUAUCUACACCUCAGUUACCAAUUGUGGGCGAUCCUUCCGUGGACCUGAAUCAACCUCUCAUAAUUAAGAUAGAUGCACCUGAAGAUGACCAUGAAAAAUAAAAUUUAUACUUCUAAUGUAAAUUCUCUCCUUGCAUCUUUUGAAGGCUAUGCUUUUAUUUGUUGUCUUAGCAUUCGGCCUUGUAAUUUGCAAUCUGUACAGUACAGUCAUUUUACCAAAAAAAAAAAAAAGAAACGAGUAGGUUUGGAUAGAAGUGGCUGAUCAACAUUCGAGAUACUGUAUUUACAGUGGAUUUGACUCUUGGAAUGGAAUUCAAAUAAAUACUAUAGAAUCCUUGGGUUA